AUGGAGAGAGGAGGUGGAAGGCCAAAGGAUGUUGAACUGUGGAAACAAGUCACUGUAUUGGAGGGGAAGAAGAAAGUAAAGUGUAAUCACUGUGGAUUUCUAUUUGCAGCAAGUGCUAAUCGAAUCAAAUAUCAUAUUUAUCAGAUUCCGGGUAUGGGUAUUCGACCGUGUAGUCCUGAUGAUUCCAGUAAAGGCACCAGCGAGAAACAGGAUCUCCUUGAUUCACAAGGAUCUCUCACGGCUUCGUCAAGCGGAACAUCUUCAGGUUCAAGUUCGUCGUCUAUGUCUCAAAACUCUGAAUCAGAGGAGGAUCUGCAGGUUCUGAUGGAUCUGAGGAAGAGGAAGGGGAUGAUAACGAAUCGCGAUUCAGAAAUGCUAUCUCCAAUGAGAAAGCAGAAACAUCUGGGCCAUCUGGUGGCUGAAGUGGCUCAGCGCAAAAAUGAGAAUCAGCAAAUUCUCACAAGCACUAGUCUCACCACAGAACAUUACUUGCGAUUUGAAGCUGAGAACUCUGUUCUUCGAGCUCAAGCAACUGAGCUGCGCUUAAGGCUCGAAUCCCUGAGCCAAAUAAUCGAUCACUUGACUGCCAACAACAAUGGAGCUUCUGCAAACAUCUUCACUGAGCCCAACAAUGGCUUCUUGAACCCAAUGAACAGGACAUAUCUUAACCAACCAAUUUCGGCUUCUGCAGAUUUAUCCUCAGAGAGUCCCACUUUCUCUCCAUUGACAGACCUUCCUUGCUUUGAUUCAUUUUAUGAGUAA